CGCAGCGGCGCCGGCCCGGCGCAGCGCGGCCGCCGCCCCGCAGCCAUGUUGCGCGGCCUGGGCAGCUGGCUGGGGCUGCAGCGCGCCGGCGAGGAGGCGCUGCUGCCCGCCGGCCACGGCAGCGGCCCCGCGGAGCAGGAGCAGGAGCAUGAGGAGGAGGAGGAGGCAGGGCCGGCCGGGCAGGAGCGGGGCGAGCUGCAGGGGGACUCGGAGGCGCUGCUCAGCCAGGCCAAGGGAUUCGGCAGUUACCUCUUCAAUUUUGCCUCUGCUGCUACAAAAAAGAUAUCUGAGUCUGUUGCUGAAACAGCACAGACAAUAAAGAAGUCUGUAGAAGAAGGAAAAAUUGACAGUAUCAUCGAUAAGACAAUUAUUGGAGAUUUUCAGAAGGAACAGAAGAAAUUUGUUCAAGAGCAGCAAACUAAAAAAUCAGAAGCAGCAGUGCCUCCCUGGGUAGACAGCAAUGAAGAAGAGACAAUUCAACAACAAAUACUGGCUUUAUCAGCAGAUAAACGGAAUUUUCUGCGGGAUCCUCCAGCAGGUGUGCAGUUUCAUUUUGACUUUGAUCAAAUGUACCCUGUUGCACUGGUCAUGUUACAAGAAGAUGAGCUUCUCAAUAGGAUGAGAUUUGACCUUGUUCCCAAACAUGUAAAGGAGGAAGUGUUCUGGAGAAAUUAUUUCUACAGGGUGUCCCUAAUUAAACAGUCUGCACAACUCACAGCACUUGCAGCUCAACAGCAAGCAGCAGGAAAGGAGGAGAGCAAAGGCAGAGAAGAGGAUAGUGAACUGAAAGAAACAGUACGGCCAAAAACACCGCCUGUUACAAUAAAGCCUCAAAUAAAAUCACAAGAGGAUGAGGAAGAAAUUUCCACAAGUCCAGGUGUAUCAGAAUUUGUGAGUGAUGCUUUUGAUACCUGUAAUCUGAAUCAGGAAGAUCUAAGAAAAGAAAUGGAACAACUAGUGCUAGACAAAAAGAAAGAAGCUUCAGUAGUAGAAGAAGAAACUGCUGAUUGGGAAAAGGAAUUACAACAAGAGCUUCAGGAGUAUGAGGUGGUGACAGACUCAGAAAAGCGUGAUGAAAACUGGGAUAAAGAAAUAGAAGAAAUGCUGCAAGAAGAAAAUUAAACAUUUUCACAAAAUCACUAUAACCAAAGCUCUUUUGGAGGACUGACAUGGAUUUCUGCUUUCAUAUUUUGCUUACAAAAAUAUCUUCAGAAGACAUAAAAUAAUCUAAAGUCAUUAUAAUUCCAUAUGGGAAUACAACCAGUAUUUCUGUUCUUUAUAUGAGCAGUUUCUGAACUUCUAUAUUCUUCAAAAGAAAAAAAAAAGAGGAGGCAGAUACUGCAGGUUAUAAUUAAAAGUGAUAACAUUAAUACAUGAAGCAGUGGUUCAGUUUGAAGCGUUUUUAGGUGAUCAAGAAGCUCUUCAAAGAGAUUUCUAAAUUUAAGAACCGCAAUUUUUUUGUCUACAGCCUUCUAUUUGGGAUGUAAAAAUGGAUGUUGUAAGUAACUUAGUCCUUGGCAGCAAUUCUCUCUUGAUAUUUGCACUCUGAUUCCUGUAUAAUCUGUAAAUGUGUACUAUUUUUAAGGUACUUAUAGUUGGUAGAUUUCACAUGUAUUUAACUUCCUUAAUGUAUGUAGCCAAAGAAUUUAUAGAAAACCCUAUCAAAUAGCUUUCAAGGAUUUCGUAAAACAUACUAAUGCAGACUCCAAAAGAAGCUGGUUAUUUAUCAGUUAGGCAGCAAACAUUUAAGCAUUUAAAUUAGUAGAGUUAGUAACUGCUUGAAUUAAAUUUGGGUUUGUUAAUCAUAUUGAUAUACUGCCUUUCCCCACGUAGAGAAAUGGUUUAAUGCAUUCUUUCUGCAGAAGGGUGUUAUGGUUCCAUUUAAUUUUACUGUCUAAGCUGAGAGCAAAUUAAAUGCUUCUCCUUAAUUUUAAGUGCUGAAACAUUUAUGUGAAAACUUCCACUGGUUUGGACAUCUUUAUUAAAUAUUGUAAAUAUGUA